AUGAGAAAAACUGGCCCGCGAGAAGAGGACGCGGGCGACCACGCGAGCGCCGUCCGCCUCGCGGAGAAGAGCCUGCGGAUCUGCAAGACGGAAGAGGCGCAGGCGUUCCUCGACUUUGGUGAGGCGGAGCAGACGCGCAGGGCGAGACGAGGGAGGGAGCAGGACGAGGAGCGGAGGGCGAAGGCUGCGGCAGAGGUUCGCGCACAGGAGGAGAGGGCGGCGCAGCUGGCUGCUGAGCAGGAGUCGGCGAGGCGGGCGGAGCGGGAGGCGGCAGAGCUAGCGGGUGCGGCGGAGCGGGCGGCGCUGCGCGAGGAUGCGGAGCUGGCAGAGGCGCUGCGCCGGUCAGAGGUGGAUGCGGAGGAGGCGCUGGCGCGUCGGGUGUCGCGGUGCGAGGAGGCGGUGAGCAGCGAGUCGACCGGCGGCGGCGGGGACUUGCCGCGGCGUGUCGAGCGGCUGGAGGCGAGCCUCGGCGCGGCGACCGAGGGCAGCCUCGAGGAGCGGGUCAGCGCUAUCGAGCGCUUGAUCGGGUCAGAGGCAGCAGAGAGGCAGGGCACAGGUGGCAGCGGAGCGCCUUGUACCAGUCACUAA